GUAACGUGUAACCAUGAUUGGUGGGAAAUACAUAAAGCAACCUUAUAUUUUUGGUUUUUUUUUCUCUUUACUAUUAUUAUUAUUAUGAACCAAAUCAGAGUAGCAUUAAACAAGUUGCCUCCUGGACCCACGAUCAAUAUCCUCCGUAAGGUAUUCUCCAUGCCUUCACCAGUGGCAAGGCUAAUCCUGAACGAUAUCACCAAACCUCGUUCAUCGCAUAAACCAUGGAUCCACAAAGUAACAGGAAACAAUGAAUGGUCAGGCUGUUGGAUUGGAGAGAAUAUCAAACACUUGGAUCAAGCUUCUUUAAUGAAGCGAAUUAAUGAAUCUGAUAUUGUGUUCUUUAAUGUGCAUGGUGGUGGAUUUCGAAUAGGCAGUUGUACUAUGUAUAUGGACACAUGGAUUCAGUGGAUCAAAGUACUCAAAUUACACUAUGGAAUGCAAGUCAUGAUCAUGUCAAUUGACUAUCGCCUUGCACCAGAAUACAAAUACCCAAGCCCAGUAGAAGAUGUUGUCCGUGCCUAUGAAUAUCUCACCAGAACAUUGCAAGUGGAUGCCAAUAAGAUCAUCGUCUCAGGUGACUCUGCGGGAGCCUCUCUGAUUCUCGAAAUGUUGUUUAUUACACACGAUCCAAGCAUGUUUGAGAUUGUUACAGACGACGAGAGUGGUCCAACCCUGACUGAGCUCCCUCGACCUGCAGCAGCCGUCUUUUCGUCUCCUCUUGUGACAGAUAAAACAAACUCAGCAUCAUGGAAGCACAAUGUAAAAUAUGAUUACAUUACACAAUACACAGCCAAAAUUAUCAAAAAGGAUUACUUUGAGCCUGUAACUGAUGCUGAGGAAGACAAUCCCAUCUUGGGCAUUGCCAAACUUGAAUCAGGUUUCCAUGCUUUCUUACCAGAGCAAGUGUUGAUGUUUAUCGGCAACAAAGAAGUGCUGCGUGAUGAUGCACUUGAAUUGGCUCAAAAAGCACAAAGCGACGGGGUUUAUUGGGAAACAGUGGUAGAAGAUUGUGUGCAUGAUUGGUUCUGUGUAAGAGAAAUCGUCAAGGACAAGAAAAUGCUGUUGCGUGCAGAUGCUACCUUUGCUAGCUUUUGCUAUCGAGCUGUACGACAUGGUCAAGGUAACACUCCCACGGCUAUACCAUAUGAAGAUAUUAUGAAUGCAAGUGGCUAUUCAAUCAGAAGAUCCAAUGAAGGACUCGAUGUUGUCCUUGAAGAAGAAGAAGAUGAUGAUGAUACUGACUUGGAGUCUGUGACUGUAGGCGUGGCCGAUUUAGGCAAAAAAAAGCUUGCUAGUGAUAACACGAUUGUAGUGACCGAGAAAGUGAUAAAACAAAAGACAGAAACUGUUUUUGUCUAAUAAACAUUGGAAAAAGGGAUAUUUAUGCACAAAGGAUUUGGAAGACCG